UCCUACCUUUUCUCCCUCCCUCCCUCUGUCUCUCUCUCUCUCCCCCUCUCCCCCUCUCUCCCCGUCGUACUAAUUGUUUUCCUCUUGCUUUCUCCUCCUUCCGACCAGGAUUUCGCUUUGCGGCUUUUUGUGUCUUGCUGUUUUCUGCCGUCUGUGGUCGGCUCCUGCGAGGACUCUCGUUUGAGCUCCUGACCGUAGGAUUUGGCUCUCGGCCGCCUCCAGAAGGGAGGAGCUCCGAGAUCUUGUCCGGAGGGGAUGUAACUUUGGUUCCUGCGAUUGUCUUGCUUGGGAGCUUGUUUGGUUGCUUGUGAAAAAUACAUCUUUGCUUCGGAGCAAAUAUAUGAACAUACUUUUGGGUCUUCUUGGAUUUGAUCCUGGCAGAUAGCAUGCUUGGAAUCUGUUUUUCAGGUGAUGCUCCUGACACGUCUUACCACCGAUGUAUUUGGUAUACUGACAAUUUCCCUAGUCUUGCUCGCGGUUGUCCUUGGUCUAGUAUGCAUAUUCCACUCCUUGUACUUCCAAUUUUGCAUCAGGAGAAGGCAUUAUCCGCAGCUGAACUACUUUAAUGGGCCCUGGGUUAGCCGUAUUAUUCUAAUUAUAAUCUGUAUUUGGUGGGGUUUUGGAGAGAUCAUCAGGCUGAGUUACCUGAAAUCUAAAAUUGUCUCUGAUCAACCAUGGCAGAAAACUAUCUGCAAGUUCUAUGUCGUUUCAAAUUUAGGAUUUGCAGAACCAAGCAUGUUUCUUUUGCUAUCAUUCCUUCUGCAUGCUGCAUUGCAGGAGUCUGGCACACUUAGUCCUCGAUGGAACAGAAAGACCCUAAGUUAUGUGCUUCUUUGUUGCAUUCCGAUUCUUUCCAUGCACUUUGCCCUUGUUUCAUUUGGACCAAAGUAUAACAAUGAAGAGAGCAGUGCCAAGAAAAGAAACAUAGCAAAGUUCUUCAGAUAUGUUGGUUCUUCAUCAAAUGGUGACACUAUAUGCAUGUAUCCCCUACUAAGCACUAUAAUUCUUGCGUGCUUUUAUGUUCUGCUGAUUGGCUAUGUUAUAUACAUUUGCACAAGGCUGUUGUCUUUGGUUAUCAACCAAGGUCUGCGUCGGAGGAUUUAUGUGCUGGUAACGCCAGUAAUCAUUCUUCCAUCCAGGGCUGCUCUUCUCUCACUGUCCAUUCUUCCUCCACCAGGCAAUUGGCUGUAUGAAGGCAUUGUGUUUUUAGCGUUCUUUGUUCUGCUAUCUUCCAUCACGGUUGGGGUAUUCAUGCUGGUAUAUUUCCCUGUAGCAGAUUCUUUGGCAUUGAGAAAUGUAGGCCAUGUUGAAACCGAAGGGAUACCAUAUGAUGAUUACUAUUAUGAUGGUGUAUCUCUCAUAUCUAACCAGACCCAUCAAGAUGUAAUCAGUGAUGAAUCUCCCAUGCGUGCCUCCAUACACUUUUAAAGUAUGAAGUCGUAGCAUCAGAGGCUCCAAAGGUAGUUUUCACAUGGCCUUGUAAGACAUUCACUUGACAGGUCAAUCAUAACAGCCAGAGAACAUGCUUCACCAUAGGAAGACUCCAAGUUCUUGUUUUCAAGACCUUUAUUAUUUGAAGGUUCUACAGUUUUGGAUGGAUGGAGAUUGUAAAAGAUAAAAGAUAUUAUGAAGCAAUACUGUUGAAACAUGGUUUGCCUUUUGCUCAAUUGGAUUAACUUUGCUAUUUUUCUAUCAUCCUAUUCUCUUCUGCUGCCUCUUGAUUCUGUAACAUUACUUACUAUGCUUUAGUCGGAUAAUAUCAGUGUUUCAAUGUUUCUCAGCACACUUUUGACAAAA